ACAUCCAAAGUUCGUGACUGGAAAAACCUGAUUCCCUUUAAGCCAGAGUCCACAAAAGUGUGCCAACUCUGUAAAGCACAAAGAAGAUAGGACAGUCUAAGUUUACCAAACAGAACAAUGCAGCCCCAAGAAGACUGGAGUACAUCAGAAAAAUCCAAGCUGUUGCAGCCUGGGCCACCACCAUACCAGAAUGAUCUUAGACAGCCUUCUCCAGGGAACUUCCAGAGCACUUCUGGCUAUCAAGCCCAGCAAUAUGGAGCUUCAGGGCCAUACGGCCAAGGACCAUAUCCAGGACAUGCUGCGGUCACUGUGCAAUCUGCAGUUUAUGUGACUCGAAUGGUGUAUCCAAUGCCAGAUUACCUGGGCUACUCCAUCUUCACCAUGCUGUGCUGCUGCUUACCUCUGGGCAUUGCUGCACUGGUUUUCUCUAUCAAUACUCGGAAUGCCAACAUGUCUGGACAACAACAUCUAGCAGAGAGAAACUCCAGAAUGGCGUUCACUCUUAACAAUACUGCUCUUGGUGUUGGCAUUGUCAUCAUGGUGUUGUAUAUCACUCUCAUCAUUGUCAACACUAAACAACAGUUAAAUCCAUAACUGUUCAGGACAUCAGAGUUGGACACCAGGAAUUGGAAGA